GAGACAGCGAUGCAUAAGGAGGAAUUUCAUCUGAAAUUUUUCAUGUGUGUGAUUCAAUCUCGCGGGUUAGUCAGGACUCCUCAGAGCACAGGGAGAGAAGCUUCAACUUCCAGCAUGCUCAUACAAAAGCCACCACCUGAGAUAGACAACAUGAAGUAUCUACAUGCUACGGAUGGUCCAGACACUGUGGAAGGCAUACCUAUUUUGAAAAUUGAGUGGAUCAUGACCCAUGAAGAGCACCAUGCAGCCAAAACCCUGGGGAUUGGCAAAGCCAUCGCCGUGUUAACCUCUGGUGGAGAUGCCCAAGGUAUGAAUGCUGCUGUCAGGGCUGUGGUUCGAGUUGGUAUCUUUACUGGUGCCCGUGUGUUCUUUGUCCAUGAGGGUUAUCAAGGCCUGGUGGAUGGUGGAGAUAACAUCAGGGAAGCCACCUGGGAGAGUGUUUCGAUGAUGCUUCAGCUGGGAGGCACAGUCAUUGGAAGUGCCCGGUGCAAGGACUUCCGUGAACGAGAGGGACGACUCCGCGCUGCCCACAACCUGGUGAAGCGUGGGAUUACUAAUCUGUGUGUCAUCGGAGGUGAUGGCAGCCUCACUGGGGCUGACACCUUCCGUUCUGAGUGGAGUGACUUACUGAGUGACCUCCAGAAAGCGGGUAAGAUCACAGCGGAGGAGGCUACGAAGUCCAGCUAUCUGAAUAUCGUGGGUUUGGUGGGCUCAAUUGACAAUGACUUUUGUGGCACUGAUAUGACCAUUGGCACUGAUUCCGCCCUGCACCGGAUCAUAGAGAUUGUGGACGCCAUCACCACCACUGCUCAGAGCCACCAGAGGACAUUUGUGCUAGAAGUGAUGGGCCGGCACUGUGGAUACCUGGCCCUUGUCACCUCUCUCUCCUGUGGGGCUGACUGGGUUUUUAUUCCUGAGUGUCCACCGGAUGACAACUGGGAGGAACAUCUUUGUCGCCGGCUCAGUGAGACAAGGACCCGUGGUUCUCGUCUCAACAUCAUCAUUGUGGCUGAGGGUGCCAUCGACAAGACUGGGAAACCCAUAAGCUCAGAAGACAUCAAGAAUCUGGUGGUGAAGCGUCUGGGAUAUGACACCCGGGUCACUGUCUUGGGGCAUGUGCAGCGGGGUGGGACACCAUCAGCCUUUGACCGGAUCCUGGGCAGCAGGAUGGGUGUGGAGGCAGUGAUGGCACUUUUGGAAGGGACUCCAGACACCCCAGCCUGUGUGGUGAGCCUCUCUGGGAACCAGGCUGUGCGCCUGCCCCUCAUGGAGUGUGUCCAAAUGACCAAAGAUGUGACCAAGGCCAUGAACGACAGGAAAUUUGAUGAAGCCAUGAAGCUGAGAGGCCGGAGCUUCAUGAACAACUGGGAAGUGUACAAGCUUCUGGCUCAUGUCAGACCCCCAGUCUCUAAGGGACCGAGUUGCAUACACACAGUGGCCGUGAUGAACGUGGGGGCCCCAGCCGCAGGCAUGAACGCUGCCGUCCGUUCCACCGUGAGGAUUGGCCUCAUCCAGGGCAACCGGGUGCUGGUUGUACAUGAUGGCUUCGAGGGCCUGGCCAAGGGUCAGAUCGAGGAAGCUGGCUGGAGCUAUGUUGGGGGCUGGACUGGCCAAGGUGGUUCCAAACUUGGGACUAAAAGGACUCUACCCAAGAAGAGCUUUGAGCAGAUCAGUGCCAACAUCACUAAGUUUAACAUUCAGGGCCUUGUCAUCAUUGGGGGCUUUGAGGCUUACACAGGGGGCCUGGAACUGAUGGAGGGCAGGAAGCUGUUUGACGAGCUGUGCAUCCCGUUUGUGGUCAUCCCCGCGACGGUCUCCAACAACGUCCCCGGCUCGGACUUCAGCGUGGGGACUGACACAGCACUCAAUACUAUCUGCACGACCUGUGACCGCAUCAAGCAGUCAGCGGCAGGCACCAAGCGUCGGGUGUUUAUCAUCGAAACGAUGGGUGGCUACUGUGGCUACCUGGCCACCAUGGCAGGACUGGCAGCUGGGGCCGAUGCUGCUUACAUUUUUGAGGAGCCCUUCACCAUUCGGGACCUGCAGGCAAAUGUUGAACAUCUGGUGCAGAAGAUGAAAACCACUGUGAAAAGGGGCUUGGUGUUAAGGAAUGAGAAGUGCAAUGAGAACUACACCACGGACUUCAUCUUCAACCUGUACUCUGAGGAGGGGAAGGGCAUAUUUGACAGCAGGAAGAAUGUGCUUGGGCACAUGCAGCAGGGUGGAAGCCCAACUCCGUUUGACAGAAAUUUUGCCACUAAGAUGGGUGCCAAGGCUAUGAACUGGAUGUCUGGGAAAAUCAAAGAGAGUUACCGUAAUGGGAGGAUCUUCGCCAAUACACCAGACUCAGGCUGUGUUCUGGGGAUGCGUAAGAGGGCUCUGGUCUUUCAACCGGUGACUGAGCUGAAGGAGCAGACGGAUUUUGACCACCGCAUCCCCAAGGAGCAGUGGUGGCUGAAGCUGAGGCCCAUCCUCAAAAUCCUAGCCAAGUAUGAGAUUGACUUGGACACCUCAGAGCACGCCCACCUGGAGCACAUCAGCCGGAAGCGAUCUGGAGAAGCUUCUAUCUAACCCUCUUUGGAGUGAGGAUGAAACGCAGACCCCAUUUGUGGGGAGACCUGCACAUUUUGAAAGCCUGGGAAAGAGACCCCCACUCCUGGACCCGGUUUGGUGGGCUGGCUGAAAUACUGCUUGAGAAAGCGGUCAGUUCUCAUUCAGCUCCAUUUGUUUUCUAUUCCAUAACAAUAGCUUCUUCCUCAUCAGCCAAGUAACCAUGUAAUGUAGUUGGUCUUCAGGAGCGAGACCGCAGAUUUUACCCAAAUUGACAGGAUGGCACCUGUUGAUGCCAAGUUUAAGCUUAGCCUCCAAUAACCAGAUCCUGACUCUCAGCACAAGCGUACAUACUCCUCCCAACCCAGUUUCCUCACCUGCCUGAUGAAGCAGGAAGAGGUUCAAGGUUUUACCAGCCGUGGAGGAAUGAUGAUCUCUAAUAUGUCACUUUUGCUGGCUAUCCAAAGUAUUACCUUUACACCCUGAAAACAGUUCUGAACAGCAACUGAGAAGGCUUGUCAGGAGUCCAGACUUAAGGCAGCCAAAUGCUCUUUGUGCAGUUCAUUAAGGAGAAGAAAAAUUAACAGUAAAUAUUAAGCCCUGGUAUCACUGCAUCCUCAAAACAGCUUAUGAGAGAGGUGGUGACAGCCCAUUUCAAAGUUACGGACAACGGGGCUCCAGGUGAUUAAACAAUGUGGACAAAAGCAGGAACAGUAGAAACUGCCAAACUUGCUUUUAGAAGUGUUUAUUUCUUUUUUAAGUGAGCAAAAAAAAAAAAAAAAAAAAAAA